GUGCCUCAGAGUGCCUCCCUCUCUCUCUGCUCUCUGCUGCUCUCUGUAGCUGCUUUCACUCUGCACACUUUCUCCUCCUGUCUGCCGCGCACAGAGCUGCUGCUGCUGCUGCUGCUGACCCUGGAUACGACUUAAAUGUGCCAUUUGAAACAGGAUGAGAGACCAUUUUUGCUUCGUUGUGCCCACAUGUUUCUUCCUCCUGUUUCUCCUGCCAGGAGGCUCCUGUUCAGAUGCAGAGCACAAGCUCUUCUCUGUGAUAUUCUCCCGCUACAACCAAUACAUACGACCGGUGGAAAUGUGACCGACCCAGUCAUUGUACAGUUCGAGGUGUCCAUGUCACAGCUGGUCAAAGUGGAUGAAGUCAAUCAGAUCAUGGAGACAAAUCUGUGGCUGAGACAUAUCUGGAACGACUACAAACUCAGAUGGAAUCCGAAGGAUUUUGGAGGCGUGGAGUUUAUCCGAGUGCCGUCCAACAGGAUCUGGAAGCCAGACAUUGUGCUCUACAACAAUGCAGUCGGAGAUUUCCAAGUUGAUGACAAAACGAAGGCCUUGCUUCGUUACAAUGGCGACGUUACCUGGAUCCCUCCGGCCAUAUUCAAGAGCUCCUGCAAGAUCGACGUCACUUACUUCCCUUUCGACUACCAAAACUGCACCAUGAAGUUUGGCUCCUGGACGUAUGACAAGGCCAAGAUCGACCUGGUGCUAAUCGGCUCGACCAUCAACCUCAAGGACUUCUGGGAGAGCGGCGAGUGGACGAUCAUCGACGCCCCUGGUUAUAAACACGACAUAAAGUACAACUGCUGCGAGGAAAUCUACACGGAUAUCACAUACUCGUUGUACAUCCGCCGCCUGCCGCUUUUCUACACCAUCAACAUGAUCAUCCCCUGCCUCCUCAUCUCCUUCCUCACCGUGCUCGUCUUCUACCUGCCGUCCGACUGCGGCGAGAAAAUCACCCUGUGUAUCUCCGUCCUGCUGUCUUUAACUGUCUUCCUCCUCGUCAUAACGGAGACCAUCCCCUCCACCUCGCUGGUCAUCCCACUGAUUGGCGAGUACCUCCUCUUCACCAUGAUCUUUGUCACCCUCUCUAUCGUCAUCACUGUUUUUGUGUUGAACGUCCACUACCGCACGCCAAAGACCCACACCAUGCCCUGCUGGGUGCGGACGGUGUUCCUGGGGAUGCUGCCCAAGGUGAUGUUCAUGACGAGGCCGGAGAGGGACCCCGAGAAGGUGGUGGUGGCCGGCAAUGCUAAGACGAUGCAUUCGAGGCCCUGUGCCAUUCAUUCGUCAGCUACUUUGCAGAAGCAGCACAAACCUCAGGCACUGGCCUCGAGCGUGGUGUCCAGCCUGACCAACCGCCAACGGCUUUUCAACAACACGGAGCUCUCCAACCUCAAUAACUUAAGCGGAGAUCCGGCCAAAGGUGCGGGCUCCGUGUUCUUGUGCUGCGAGGGUCGUUGCAACUGCUGCUGGCAACAGAGAUCCAGCAAACUGCCCGUAGACUCUGGUGGAGGGAGCGGAGGACUGGGCAGCCUGGGAGCGCUAGGCAGCCUGGGAGUGCUGACUGGAGGCAGUGCUGCCGGGGUCGGAGGGGAAAGUCAAUGCUCAAGCUCCGAGUCUCUGGAUGUAGGAAUACUGUCCCUGUUGCCGCUCUCACCUGAGGUCAGGGAGGCUAUUGAGAGCGUCAAAUACAUAGCAGAGAACAUGAGACUACAGAAUGAAAGCAAAGGAGGUUCAGGAUGACUGGAAGUACGUCGCCAUGGUUAUCGACAGGAUCUUCCUUUGGGUUUUUGUCCUUGUGUGCAUCUGGGGACAGCCGGCCUCUUCCUCCAGCCUCUAUUACUCUGGGACGACAUUUGAAUCAGUUUGACAAAACAAACACUUCAGUGCUGUUGAACUGCACAGCAUUCAUUACAUAUGAGGACAUCCAGAGUGGAUCCAAAGUCAAGAACUGAUGACUGUGUGUCUGCCAAAAUGCAAAUGUUUUAGUGACUGUGUUUUCAGUAGAUGUGUGAGGAAAGUGGUUUAAGGACUCUCCAAUGCUGAGGACAUAGUAAACAAGCAACGGCAAAGACCAUAGUUGUUAGUCAUUUAAUUGUGUACAAAUCUGCAGUAAAUGGCUAUAUAAUCUAUAAUGCAGGGCACAAAGGAGAUCUACAUAGUUAGGCUCCAAAUAAAGUUAUUUCUUUUUUUAAGGUGAUCUGUAAGAUCUUCCUCAGAGGAGUGUAAAAGAGACCAACAGGCAUUUCUUGUAGAGGCAGUAAUCAACUCCAAUCAUUAUCACCUGCUGGUCAGCAACUUUGUGCCCUGCAGUUAAGUAGUUCUUGUCUUGCACCUGAGUAUCGUUGCCUGGAUUAUGCACACACUUGGUCCCUCUCCUGAAUAUAAUCUAUAAUGCCAAGGCAACACCCUUGCAGAAUUUAAUUAUUUAAGAGCAAUUAAUGGGAACAGUAACUAAAUUGACAAACUUGAAGCACCUUAUUUCACAUUAAAGAAGCAUGUACAUACAUUCACAAAAUGCAACCAUUAUGCCACCAGAAAGCUCGAUAAUUGUCCCAUAACAAGAAAAUCUUUUUUUUUCACAGUGAAUGCCAUGCCAGAAAUGUAUUGAGAUAACAGAAAAAAAAGCAUUUAAAGAUGGAUUUCCAUGUUUCUCAAAACCAAGCCAGGACUGUGCUCAAAGAGUGACAUCAUGUGGUGAUUCUUUGCUACUACAAAUGAUAACAAGGCUUUCUGACAUCAUCUCUGUUGUAACAUAUUCCCAGUUGUAACAUUUUCUGAGUUAUACUAGUACUUGAUGCGUUUAAGGCAUAAAACGCUGUUUGAUCUGGAUAGCAUGACGUUCUGGAAAGGCUGACAUAAGAAAAUGUCAUCUAGAAUUCUUCUGACCUUGCAAAUUGAAUAUUUACAAAAGUAUUCUAUGUGCAAAGAGAAAAAAAAAACACAUUUUUAGUUCUGUUUAACUUGCAGAUUUCUGUAAAUAAAUCUUUAAAAAAUA